AUGAAAGAUGAGUUGGAUGCUCUUGAGUUGAACAAAACUUCGUGUCUUAUUGUUAAUUGCCCUGCAGGGGUUAAGCCAGUUGGCUGUAAAUGGGUUUAUCGCAUCAAAUGCAAGCCUGAUGGUUCAGUUGAUCGAUAUAAAGCACGCCUUGUAGCUAAAGGGUUCACUCAAACUGAAGGUGUUGAUUUCUUGAAAACUUUUUCCCCUGUUGUCAAGCCUGCCACCAUCAGAUUAGUUUUGGCAUUGGCCUCUAUGAAGCAUUGGCCCAUACAUCAGUUGGAUGUCAAUAAUGCUUUCUUACAUGAGAAUCUUUCUGAGAAUGUUUAUAUGACUCUGCCACCUGGAUUUAAUCUCCUCAACCGAAUCAAUGCUGUAAGCUACUCAAGUCACUGUAUGGUUUACGACAAUCUAGUCGUGUGUGUCUAUGUUGACGACAUUGUUCUCACUGGUAAUUCCAUUUCUGAACUUACUGCCAUGAAGUCUAUUUUGCACCAACACUUCCGAAUUAAAGGCUUGAGCCCAUUAAAAUAUUUUUUGGGUAUUGAGGUUGCUCAAUCAGUGAAGGAAAUUUGCUUAUCUCAGAGAAAAUAUUGUCUUGAUCUUUUGGAGGAUUCUGGUUUAUUAGGUGCUAAACUUGCCUCUGUUCCAAUGGAUAGUUCCACAAGAUUAUAUCAAGACAAAAGUCCCUUGCUAUCUGACCUUUUUGUAUAUCGCCGUUUGGUUGGCCGUCUUAUCUAUCUCACCAUUACUCAACCGGACAUCAUAGAAUCAGAAAUUCAGCUUCUCGGCUUCAGUGAUUCUGAUUGGGCCGGAUGUCCUGACACUCGGCGAUCUUUAACAGGUUAUUGUUUCUUCUUAGGCAGUCCUUUAGCCUCUUGGAAGACCAAGAAACAAACCACCGUUGCCCGCUCAUCUACGGAAGCAGAAUAUCGUGCACUUGCCAACACAACUUGUGAACUUCAAUAG